AAAAUCAUCCAUUUGAAAAACAAUCGCGAUUGUGUGAAAGGCGAUAAGAAACAAUAACCAGUUUAGCUUUCAACAAAAGGACGAAUUCAAGUUCAAAAUGUCCAGCUUUAAGCCGAUCGAUGGAUCCAAGGAGGAUUUUCGCAAGUAUCUAGACCGAAAAGGAGUUCUAGACGCCAUCACAAAAGUGCUGAUCAAGUGUAAUUCCGACCGUCCUGAAAAUGCAAUUGAAUACCUGCUGGAUAAUCUGGGAGAGAGGCUGAAGGAUAAGGAUACAAUUGCAAGACUGGAAAAUGAACUCAACGAUGCCAGGAACGAGAUUGAAACUCUAAAACGGGAAAUGAAUGCACUGAAGGUGAAUGUCACCACCAAUACUGAAACCGGCAAUGCGGUUUCACCGUCGGAUGAUUCUCUAUCAGGAAAUGCCGUCGAUUCGACAGGCCUGCAAGAUGGCUCGAAUGAGGAUUCAACGGAAGCAACAAAUCCAUCCAGUAAGGUGAAUGCGGACAAAGAAACGACUAACAACGUUGAUUCUGGUGAAACGGGAGCGGUAGCGAAGACGCCAGAAAAUGCCGAAUCCGAUCCAAAAGAAUUAGUUGCGCAGUAAUCAUUCAAAGUUCUUAGUUGGAUUUCCGAACCUACUUUCAUAUUUGCAUUGAAUGCUAUAAUACUAGGCAAUACUACUAUUGUUUUGGACAUAUGUUUAAAAUAAACAUUGGCAGGUGUAGAGAACCAUAUCAAGUUUGUUGAAAAUGGUUUUGAAACUAUUGGAACACUGAUAUACGUGAAUAAUCAAAUGAGUAG